AUGGGAGACGCGCUCUGGGCCGCCGUGGAGGACCUGGACCGCGCCGACCGCGUGCUACUGGGCGCCCGCUGCUCCCAGGGCCCCGCGCGACCGCCGCUGCUGGUGGCCGGGCUCCUCGCGCCCGGGGGCAGCGCGGCGCUGCGACCGGAGGUGGCCGAGGUGGUGGCGGCGUGCGGCGUUAGCUUCCACGGCGAAGAGAUGGAGCUCGUGGUGGCCGCCCCAACGCGCGGGGAGGAGGCCCCGCUGGAGCACCCCGCGACCGAGCUGGACAGAUUCUCGGCGGAGCUCAGUGCUAGCCUUCGCGGCAGCAUGGUGAAGAGUUGCACCUGGCUGUGGCCGCUGCACGACAGGGCUGCCGACGCUCAGAUCCAGAAGGUGGCGACGUCUCACCUCGUUGAGGACGGUGUUGAGAUUGACAGUAUUUCUGUCGCAAGGCGCGUGCUGGCGAAGCUCUUCAUCCUCGUGCCUCCCGGUGGUAGCCUCAUCGUGAAGAUGGUUCGAGACGUGUAUGGAAGCAGGAGCGCCUAUGCGAUGUUUAUGGGCUGGUUUUACGCUCACCAGCUAUGGAUUCUGGCUGCCAUCGCUGCUGUGGCACUCGCUUUGCAGACCUGUUCAAUCCAACUUGCCGGCGAGGUGAUGAACUAUGGCACGCUUGUUUGGAGUUGUUGGCUACUCUGGCGCGUAUGGUCACACAGCACGAUCCUAGGGUUCGGCGACCCAAUCGAUGGCGUCGGCUCCAGCCGCGUACACGAUCAUCUCCACUCCCCAGGCAGACCAGGCGUGAAUUCGAGUUGCUUGAACGCCGUAGCACUUGCCUUUCUCACCGUGCUGUUCACAUUAUUCGUAUUCUCCGUGACGUUCGGCUACGUGCAAAUGCUAGCUUGGUUUGAUUUCACCUGGGGUGCUUGCACUACGCAAGAGUGCCAAAGCGCUGGCACAAAGCACACACUACUCGGUGUCGCCAUCGAGAUCUCGGUGGCCGUCGGCUUUGCCCUCAUCAUGACGUUGCUGCGAGCUGUGGCGCGAUGGUUCGGGCACUGGGCGGCCACGUGGCACAACUUCGAGUUUGCGAUUGAUCGGAUACUCGUCGCGAAGGCCCCGUGGGGAGGCGAGGAGGAGCUGCCUGAGCCUCGGCCCGAUUGUUCGGGCCCUCUCGGGGCGAGGUCCGCCCGGCUGCGUGUGCGCCUGCGUCCCGCGGGGCCCGGCUCCCACGGGCGAACGCAAGACGGGCGGGGAGGUCUUUGA